AUGGCGCUAAACCACACUGUCCCGCCCCAAGAUGAGCGCCUGCCACACUACCUUCGAGAAGGGGACCCCUUUGCUUCCAAACUUUCUUGGGAAGCGGAUCUAGUGGCUGGCUUUUACUUAACAAUAAUUGGGAUUCUGUCCACAUUUGGAAAUGGGUAUGUCCUUUAUAUGUCUUCUAGACGAAAGAAGAAGCUGAGACCUGCGGAAAUAAUGACUAUCAAUUUAGCAAUCUGUGAUCUGGGGAUUUCAGUUGUAGGCAAACCGUUCACCAUCAUCUCUUGCUUCUGUCACCGCUGGGUGUUUGGCUGGAUUGGCUGCCGCUGGUAUGGAUGGGCUGGAUUUUUCUUUGGCUGUGGAAGUCUUAUCACCAUGACUGCUGUCAGCCUGGAUCGAUACCUGAAAAUCUGCUAUUUAUCUUAUGGGGUUUGGCUGAAAAGAAAGCACGCCUACAUCUGCCUGGCAGUCAUCUGGGCCUAUGCUUCCUUCUGGACCACCAUGCCCUUGGUAGGUCUAGGGGACUACGCGCCUGAGCCCUUCGGAACCUCAUGCACCCUGGACUGGUGGCUGGCCCAGGCCUCCGUGGGCGGCCAGAUUUUCAUCCUGAACAUCCUCUUCUUCUGCCUGUUGCUCCCAACGGCUGUGAUUGUGUUCUCCUAUGUGAAGAUCAUUGCCAAGGUUAAGUCCUCCUCCAAAGAAGUAGCUCAUUUCGACAGUCGGAUACAUAGCAGCCAUGUGCUGGAAAUGAAACUGACCAAGGUGGCAAUGCUGAUUUGCGCUGGCUUCCUGAUCGCCUGGAUUCCUUACGCGGUGGUCUCUGUGUGGUCAGCUUUCGGAAGGCCAGACUCCAUCCCCAUCCAACUGUCUGUGGUGCCAACCCUACUUGCAAAAUCAGCAGCAAUGUACAACCCCAUCAUUUACCAGGUCAUCGAUUACAAAUUUGCCUGUUGCCAAACUGGUGGUUUGAAAGCAACCAAGAAGAAAUCCUUGGAAGACUUCAGGCUGCACACUGUAACCACAGUCAGGAAGUCUUCUGCUGUGCUGGAAGUCCAUCAAGAGGUAUGAAGAUGGGCACGGCAUCACUCAUGGACAUAAUUAUUCACUUAUUUGCCUCUUCACUGCUGUUGAUGUUUGAUUGUGACUACACUUUUCUCUUUAUAUUAUAUUUUUAUAUUUUGUACACUUUCCCUCUUUUUCCUUCAGCCAGGAUUUGCUGGGGAAUGCCAAUGGCCAAGUGGAAAUUAGAUUGUAGGAUACUAUGUAAGGAAUAUUAUUACCAGGAUGAGCCUCCCUGGAAUUUAUUUUUAUUGUAAUUUAAAACCUAAUUGUCAUGCCCCAAAGUAUGAAGUCUGAGAUACUGAGAAAAAUGUUUAAUUACUUUAUUUAUUAGGAUUGUUAUUUAAUUUCAUUAUGUCAUCAUUAUUAUUUCUUAAUGUAGGGCCAGGGUGGCAGUUUUGGGGUUCAUUCAGGUGGGUGAU